GUUAGCCCGUAUGGGGUAUGUGAGGGUUUCACCGGUCCUGGGAUCACUCUGAAAUGGCAGCCCAGCCUCUCAGCAGCACGGACACAUUUAUCUUCGUCGUUCUCGGUGCUUCGGGAGAUUUGGCAAAGAAGAAAAUUUAUCCCACACUAUGGCAACUGUAUCGCCACGAGUUGUCACCCAAAAAGACGUUUUUUGUUGGCUAUGCUCGCUCUGAUUUGACGGUUUCUGAGUUGAGACGUAAAGCGGAGCCUUUUCUCAAACACUCUGACGACGAGAAAUCGCGCUUGGACAGUUUCUGGGAGGCGUGCUCGUACGUGAAGGGCUCCUAUGACCAGGCGAAAGGAUUUGAAGAUCUUAACGCCGCUAUGGAGAAGAUAGAGAGUCAACAUGUUAAGGGUGCUGCCAGGGCUCAUCGUCUCUUCUACUUGGCAUUGCCUCCAUCUGUUUUUGAGCCGGUUACUGCCAACAUUAGGGCUCACUGUUUUGGGAAGAAGGGAUGGAAUCGUGUGAUUGUAGAGAAACCGUUUGGGAAGGAUUCUGCGAGUUCUGCAGCUUUGUCGAAGCACUUGUCUUCGGUGUUUGCUGAGGAGGAGAUGUAUCGUAUCGAUCAUUACUUGGGGAAAGAGAUGGUUCAGAAUCUGCUCAUUUUGAGGUUUGCGAACAACAUAUUUGGUCCCAUAUGGAAUCGCAACUACAUUGCAUCUGUGGUCAUUUCAUUCAAAGAGCCAUUUGGCACUCAAGGACGUGGUGGCUAUUUUGAUGAGUUUGGCAUCAUUCGAGAUGUCAUGCAGAAUCACCUCCUUCAAAUUCUCUGUCUCACAGCCAUGGAGAAACCAUGCACAAAGAGUGCUGAGGACUUGCGAGAUGAAAAGGUGAAGGUUUUGAAGUGUAUUGAUCCGUUUAAUAUGGCUGAUGUCGUGUUGGGUCAAUAUGUUGGUGAUCCAGAAGGAACUGGUGAUGCAAAGCUUGGAUAUUUGGAUGAUCCGACAGUUCCUAAGGGCUCGGUUACACCAACGUUUGCUGCAGCAGUUGCUUUUUUGAAGAACGAGAGGUGGGAUGGUGUGCCAUUCAUUAUACGUGCUGGUAAAGCACUGAAUGAGAGAAAAACAGAGAUACGCAUUCAGUUUCAUGACGUGCCUGGUGACAUAUUUGAGGGUCAAGCUCAACGAAAUGAGCUGGUGAUACGUGUGCAACCAAACGAGUCGAUCUAUGUGAAGAUGAUGCUGAAGAAGCCGGGAAUGUCAUUUUCUCCAGUGGAAAGCGAACUUGAUCUGACAUAUCACUCAAGAUAUAAGGAUACUAGGUUGCCAGAUGCAUAUGAAAGGCUUUUGUUGGAUGUCUUUUACGGCAGCCAGUCUCACUUUGUUCGAACAGAUGAGCUGGCUGAGGCAUGGCGUAUUUUUACUCCCAUGCUUCAUUCCAUUGAACGAGAAAAACGGAAACCACUUCAAUACAAAUAUGGCAGUCGUGGGCCUCCAGAAUUUGACAAACUGUGUGCCAAGUUUGGCUACAAGUAUACAGGAACGUAUGAGUGGAGUAAGCCCGAGAAGAAGUAACGUUGGGGUGUUUCAAACAUUCAACAGCCAUAGACGGAAUUCUUUUAGUAAUCAGCUUGUAACAAUCAAUUUCCUCGUUCCCUUAGAUGCUAGGGUUGUGAUUUGUGAUCAAUUUUUAUUUUAGCUUUCCAUGUAUGGGUCCAUAUGUGCUAUUGCUUUGAUGAUGAAACAUUUGAAUUAUCGAUGUUUCGAACUUGCUGUGUGUGCAGCAAAUUGAAUAGAAUUCCAACUUGAGCAUGUAAGCUCUUUC